AUGGCCACCACCACUGCAGAGGAUAGCUCUCCGGUCCCGGCCACCACAGCAGCCCAGCAGCCUGACUUGGAAACUAGCGUAGAACCCGACUCAGCAGCAAAGCCUGAGCCAAGUGAGGCCCAACAGGAAAAAGAAGAGGAAGAAGAGGAGGAAGAGCAUGGAAACUCUGUACCGGGGCAUGGGGAUGCAGGAGGGCAGAGUUUGGACCCUGAGUGGGUGGAGGAAAGGUUCAGGAUCGACAGGAAGAAGCUGGAGAGCAUGCUGUAUGCUACAAAGCAUGGAGAUGGUGUGACAGGCGAGGAGUUUUUUGAGAGAGUGAUGAAAGAAACUGACACUAAGGUGAAAUGGCCAUCCAAGCUGAAGAUUGGCGCUAAGUCAAAGAAAGAUCCACAUGUGAAGGUUGAAGGGAAGAGAGCCAAUGUUUUGGAAGCCAAAAAGAAGAUACUAGAAGUCCUGGAAACCCGGGUAAACAAGGUGACUCUAAAGAUGGACGUGGCCUACACAGAGCACUCCCAUGUGAUCGGGAAAGGUGGUGGAAACAUCAAAAAGGUGAUGGAGGUCACAUCCUGUCACAUCCAUUUCCCAGACUCCAACCGCCACAAUGCUACAGGAGAGAAAAGCAACCAGGUUUCCAUUGCUGGACCCAUAGAGGGAGUGGAGGAGGCCAGGAGGAGGAUAAGAGACCUGCAGCCACUGGCUUUGACCUUCGAUCUCCCAGUUAGCCUGGUGCCGCAGGCUCUUCCAGAUGCAGGCUCCCCGCUCAUCCAGCAGGUAGUUCAGACCUUAGGGGUCAGCGUGAGCUUUAGGGCCGUGCCACCACAGCCUCAGGCACAGCCCUCCUUCUACGGAAGCUGCUGCACAGUCUGGGGCCUGCAGGGCAACGCAGCUGCUGUCAAGAAGGCGACCUGCAUUUUGAUGGACCUGCUUCUUGGGUCAGAGGUCACAGCAGGUGUAGUGAGCAGCCAGCUGGAUAUCACCUCCCAGCAGCACCUCUUCUUGUUGGGGCAGAAUGGAGCUCACUUCCUGAGCGUCAUGCACCAGACCCAGACCCAGAUCAUCUUACCAGACCUCAGUGCUCCUCAGAGCCCUCCCUCGCUGCUCAUCCAGGGCAGCCCUGAUGGAGUGUGUCUGGCCCGGCAGCAGCUCAUGGACUGUCUGCCUGUGUGUUUGAUGUUUGACAUGCGUGAAGAUGGGGAAGCAGAUCCUUGUAAAUUGGCUCAGAUGAUGCAAAACCUGGGAGUCUUCAUUAGUGUCAAACCCAAAAUAAAACAGACCAGCAAGUCUGUGGUGGUGAAAGGUCUGGAGAGGAACAUCUCAUAUCUUUAUGAGGCCCGCCGUCUGCUCCUGGGGUUGGAUUCCUCUGAAACUACCAGGGUAACUGAGAUGACCUCUGACCCCAUGCUAUCCAGCAGUGGGCUGACCAGCUAUUGGCUCAACAUGUUACUGCAGCAACUGGGUCUCUCUGAGCAGGGCCAUGCACCCAAUGCAGAGGUGCUAACAGGUACAAAACCCCGUCCUUUACCUCCACCAGGCCUCAUCCCUCUCACUGAGGAAGGGAGGACAGGAUUGAAGGGAACAGACAGCCACCCACUGGAGAAGAUCCUAGAAAAUGAGGACCAGUCUGGCCAAUCAGAGGAUGAGAGCUCCAAGGUCAGCUUGAGGACAUCAUCUGAGGUGUGUGAUGCAGUGACCAACAGCAGGAUGGGAUUAAUGGGUCGGAGGGGGAGUCUCCAGGGUCCUGAAAUCACCAGAUUUUUCGGCCAGGGCAGACGUCAUUCAACAGGGCAGGCAUUAACAUACAGACUGCUGAACACAGAAAUGGAGGGAUUGAGGAGUGAACGGAGGAACAGCCUGAGGAGAGAUGUGAUACUAGUCCAGGAUGUUUGCACUGACUCCUGCAAGGCUGAGGAUUAUGACUAUGAGAAGAAGAAACUGCUGGCAACCAGAGCCAUGCAGAGGAAGCCAGUUGUCACUGAGGUCCAGACACCCACAGACACCUGGAGUGGCCUCGGCUUUUCCAAGUCCAUGCCAGCUGAGGCUGUCAAAGAGUUGCGCAACAUCAGCCGACGCAGCUACAAACCCUACCUGAGCACAAACACCAGCCAGCAACAGUCAUGGGCUGCUCAGACUGGAAAGAUGUAUAAUGGGAGCGAAUCAGAGAACUGGAGGGACAGACGUGGAUCCACAUCUUCAUCCUUGCCCAUCUCCUCCUCUUCCUCUUCCUCUUCCUCCUCUCCCUCCUCCCCUCCGUCCACUUUCUCCUCAUCCACCUCCUCCUUUCCUGCAUUUGCAUUGAAUAGAAGCAGAAUUGACAAACCAGCGGAGAGCUACCCAGGCUACUUUGAGGGUGUGUGCUCAUCAAGACGGGCGUCCACAUGCAGUCGGCGAAGCCCCUCUCCCCAAAUGAUAGAUGACUUGCCUGAGUUGCUCAACCAAUUGGGCUUGAUUAAAUACAUUGAUGUGUUUGAACAGCAGGAGAUUGACUACCAGACAUUCCUCACUCUGUCUGAUGAAGAUCUAAAGGAAGUGGGUGUCUCCACCUUUGGAGCCAGGCGCAAGAUGUUACUGGCAAUCUCAGACCUAAACAAGAGCAAGAGGAGGCUCUCGGAUACACCCGCUGUGAGACCUGGAUACCUGGAAGGGGGUGCUAGUGGUAGACUGCCUCGAAUCGUGGAUAUGGAGGUAGCUGCUCAGAGUAACCGAUGGUGAAAAGAGAUCAACCAAUUCUGAGCUCCAUCUAACCAAGGUGGAGUUAUAAAAAAGUAUACAGUGACGCUGUUGCCAGUGCAGAGCUCUUAUCAGCUUAUUAUCUGCCUUAAAUGAAUAAGCAUAAAAUUGCCCUGAAGAGCAACAAACAGUAUGUAAACACUGAAAUCCAGUGCCUUUCAUCUACAGCCAUACCCCAAAGCUU